AGUGAACAAGUUGAACUCGAACAAAGUCAGAAAGGAAUUCCCAUCACAAAUGUACUGAAGGAAACCACUAGUACCCUCCUCCCCACGGCCAGAAUAGAUGACUCAGACAUAAAAAUGAAUUGCAAUAAA